UGUGUCAGCGGUUCCCGUGCGUCACUGCUGUGAUGAGUCGAAUGUGAAAAAAAACAAAAAAACAAAAAAAAAACAGACAGGGACACUUGAGAGUUAAGUGACAGGUCAGAGAAGCGGGGAUCAGAAGACAAGAGUGAGACAUGUCUGUGUGUAACGGCCGCGUUUUAUUGUGGACACUGUGGAUGUGGACGUGGGACGUUCGCUGUGAUGCUCAAGUUGAAGAGGUGGAGAUUUUCCGUUUUGACCGACAGUCUGCUGUGAAGUGGACGUUUGACCCACGUUCAGAGUGGAAUGAGGUGAAACUGAGACUUGACGCAGAGGGUGCGGUGCCCGUGCUCCAGGCUUGUGGACGAAGUGUGACGAGAACGGCUCUGAGUCCGUGGAUUGAGCGCAAAGACGCCCACAAUAUACUGUUGGAUAUCACCUUUGCCCAAGAGGAAGAGCCCUCCGGUCAGCAGAGCCCUCUGGGAAUUCAUCUUUUUGACAGAGACACCUCGCUCGCAAGGUUUCGGAGUGGCUGGACAUCUCUGGAACUCCACAACUCGGAGCCAUUUGCUGCCACAGUCCCUCAUCACCAAUUAUCCACAUAUUUCAAGCAGCGCCGGGGUCUGAGCCUGGGCUCAGUCACACACAAAGGCUUACAGCUCGGCUUCUCCUACUCAGGCACUUGUGUGUUUAUAUCUUCCAUCAGACUGUACUACAGGAGGUGUCCUGACACUGUGGCCCACCUGGCCUCGUUUGGAAGCUCAGCAGCCGGCUCUGGCCCGCUGACCGGUUCCUGUGUGGUUGGGGCUGUGGAGGUAUCUCCGCCGGUUAGUGAGUGUACCCUGGAGGGAGCGUGGGAGCCAGUGGACGGGGGAUGUUCCUGUGAACCUGGGCAUCAAGUCAGGGGCGACACCUGUCAAGCGUGCGGGAUGGGCUACUUCAAACCAGCAACAGCCAAUGACAGUGCAGGAUGCCAGGUUUGCCCAGCCAACACCAGGACACACAGGGAAGGAUCAGAGAGGUGUGAAUGCGUGCCGGGAUUCAGCCGCCUGCCGACUGAACCUGCUGACGUCGGCUGUACCAAGCCGCCCUCUGCCCCUGUGAAUCUGACGGCGCAUCAUCACAACGACUCCGCGCUGAUGGUGUUGUGGGAUCCUCCUCUUGACUGGGGAGGCAGACAGGAACUGACAUAUCACGUUAAGUGUGAGGAGGCAGCAGAGACCGGCAGUCGGUGGCAGUUGUGUGGGGACCGCGUUGAUUUCCUGCCAGAUUCAUCAGAGCUGACCAGCACAUCGGUCAGCAUCAUAGGAGUAAACCCACACCAUGACUACAGACUGUCUGUGCAAGCCUGGAAUGAUAUAUCCAGCCUGCAGGAGGCGCAGCAAGCAUCUACUGCCACUUUAACCAUUCAUAGAUGGAAACGUCCCAUCGUGGUGAUCACUGUGGGUCCAGGAUUAAACAUCUCAGAGGAGAAACUAUCACCAGCUCGUGUGCACGACAAACGCCCCUUCCUUUGGCUGACAGUCGGUGUUUUAUUGGGUAGCAUUCUGCUCAUGGCUGUAAUCUCCAUUGCGGUGUGUGCCCGGCGCCAAAAGCACACCAGACUGCGCUCAGACGAAGACCUAGAGCUUGUGCCAGUGACUGCUGAACAUUCCUACCGACGUCCACAGGUGGUGGAGGCCACAGCUCAGCAGACUGGUGGGGUGGAGGAGGCGGCCCACGUGUUGGAGGGGCUUGGUGGAAGCCUGCUGGCCAAUCUGAAGGAGGUUCUGGUGGAUAGAAACAAGCUGACCCUGGGGAAGGAGCUCGGCAAAGGACAGUUUGGUUUAGUCUAUGAAGGCGUUUAUACUCCACAGGAAGGUGAAGACAUGAAGGUCGCCGUGAAGACCAUGAAAGUUGGCAUCCACUGCCAGGAGGACCUGCACGAAGUCCUGAGAGAGGCCGAGAUCAUGAGGAACUUUCAUCACGAAAAUGUGCUCAGACUAAUCGGAGUGACUUUACAGAGAGAGCAGGACUGCCCCCUGCUGGUUCCUCUGGUCUUGCUACCCUACAUGAAACACGGGGACCUGCGCCGCUUCCUCAUCGCGACGCGCUACGGUGACAUUCCUAUGUUUGUGCCUCAUCAGAGUCUCCUGCGCUUCAUGAUCGACAUCGCAGCAGGGAUGAACUAUCUGAGCUCUCAGGGCUUCCUGCACAGGGACCUGGCUGCACGCAACUGCAUGUUGGGUGACGACCUCAGAGUGUACGUGGCCGACUUUGGCUUGUCAAAGAAAAUCUACAGCAGUAAUUAUUAUCGCCAGAAAGUGACCGUUCGUGUUCCAGUCAAGUGGAUGUCGAUGGAGAGUCUGUCUGAGUCUGUGUACACGACCAAGAGUGACGUGUGGUCGUUCGGGGUCACCAUGUGGGAGAUCGUGUCCCGGGGCAGGACUCCUUAUCCUGGAGUCAGCAACCACGAGCUGCUGGACGUGCUGCUGUCUGGACACAGGCUCAAACCUCCUAAGGAGUGUGACCACAAACUUUAUGAAGCCAUGAAGAGCUGCUGGGAAAAGGAGCCUGACCGGAGGCCUGGCUUCGCAGAACUGGGCGAGACGCUGAAAGGUCUUCUGUCUGAGCUGCCGGUCCUGGAGGCCAGCCAGGAGGCCAGCUACAUCAACCAGGGCCUGGAGGCGGCUGCUGCUGCUGUCUAUCUGGAGCCACAGGUAGACUCUGGAGGAAGAUGUGAAAAUGUCUACCUGCCUUCACCUGUGGCUGCUGUAGCAGCCAGAGAUGACGGUGUGGAGGAAGAGGACGGAUACUUGAAAUAUACUCACUCACCUCUGCGGAUGACAAUCACUGAAGAAAAAGAUGAAAUGUGAUAUAUUUUUGUCCCUCUUUCUUGCUGCUGGAUGGCCUUUUCUGCCUGGAAACUGAAGUUUGUAAACCACUAAUUCCCUGCACCAAACUCCAGUGAUUUCAGCUGGCAGAGACACUAACACUGCUGGUCUGCUGCUGCCUCAUUUGGCAGGUUUGUGUCACUUAGGGAAAUC